AAGUUGGAUGUUUUUCUCUUUUUUUGUUAUUCUCCUUAUUGUAAAUGUCACCUAUUCAAUUCCAACUGAAGUUUACAUUUUGAAGAAGAAAAAAGAAAGAAAAACUCUGGUGGUAUAUACAAACUCGCAACGCUGUGUUGUUUCAUGGCAGCAAUCAGUCUGCACUACAUGUGGUUUUUGAAUUCAAUUUCCAUGUCUUCAUGAAAUGCCAGGUUACGUUUCCUCUUUUCAAAGGGAUCCGAAGAAAACGAGUGAAAUUUUGUUCGAUAAUCUUAAAAGGAACAUAAGCGCAGCAUCAUUAUCUAAAGAAGAUAAACAUCUGCCUCAUCAAGAACUGAAUAGUGUUAGUUUCUGGAUACCAAAUUCACACCUUUAUAACUUGAGAUCUACAUCUAGCCAUAAUGUUAGCAGAGAAGACACGACACAAUUUCCAGAAGAACUCAGGAUGGUAAACACAUGUGUUGGUGUACAGUCAAUAGCUAAACCAGCAAACCCGAGCAUAAAAGAAGUUUGCUCCAGACAGGAGGUUGAGCCUGUUGUUGCAUUAUUUGAAGACCCUAUUGAUCUAGAGUUUGAAAAAUCCAGCUGUUGGACCUAUAGUGCUCAGAAAACUCCUUCUGGUAGGAAGAAACCUAAGCCACUGAUUGCAACUGAGCUGACAAAUGUAAAAAAUCUUCGAAAACGAGCUUCACCUACAAAUCCCCAGAAGCAACAGCAGGAGGACAAGAAAGUACUGGAUUCUGCAAUGGAAUCUAAAACUCAGCCUUUUCCUGUUAAAUCCUUUUAUGGUGGAAAUAAUCGAGUCAGCCCAAUUGCCCGCUCACCGACACCUGUUGAAAAUAAACGAGUUUCCAACAUUCCCAAGCUUGUGAACCUUGACCAACCACAUGAUGAACCUGACAGCCCUUUCCCUCAACCUGGCCCGUCAGUUAUUACUAGAAGCCGGAGUUUUUCAUCCCAGUCUUUUCUGCCUUACGAAAUCGGUCUUAAAAAUUUUGGAAACACGUGUUACGUCAAUGCGACCCUUCAAGUUUUAUUUGCUUUGCCUGGAUUUACGGACGAUCUCGUCAGUGCUUUUAAACAGGUGGAAGAUUUGCCAUAUUUUUCGGGUUUGUUUGCCCAAAUAAUAGCUGCACGGAAAACGGGCCUUUCACAUGCAGUCAACGUUAGUACCCAGAAUUUUGUUGAAAAUCUAUGGACGCUACAUCCGAGCUACUUAGUUCGAGAACAGCAAGAUGCCAAUGAAUUCCUUGUACGGCUCAUCGAACACUUGAAAUCGGCGCUGCCACCUGGACCGGCAAAUCCAGUUGAGUCGCACUUCCAGUGUGAAAUGAUUGAAGUAUAUCACUGCGUCAAAUGCGGGAAGAAAAAGAAAAACAUCCAGAAAAACACUUCCAUAUGCCUACCGUUCUCUGAAAGUUCGUGUGACUUAGAGCAAUGUUUGGAAGCUUAUAUGGCGGAAGAAGAACGUGACCUGGCAUGCAGUAAUUGCCAAGCAACCAGCAUGAAAAUAAGCUCGAAAUUCAGAACUCUGCCAAGCAAGCUGAUUAUGUCGGUAAACCGCUUUUCUAAAGAUGCAAAGCUUGCCAAACAUAUCGUCCCACCCAGACUGCUGGAUGUUCGGCGGUUCAUGGAAAAUGUCGAAGAUGUCCUGCCCAGUCAAUAUGCAUUAGCUGCACAGAUUGUUCACGUUGGAGAGUCAAAACAUUUCGGUCACUAUGUUUCGCACGUAUAUUGUGAAGAUGGCGAAUGGCGCUACUACAACGAUACGUCUAUCCUAACUGUAUCUCUCGUGGAUGAAAUCCAGUCUAUUGACGGAGACCCAGCUUAUGUUUAUUUUUACAUCCACCAGUCACCAGACGAAUGAGCGUUCCAGGCAUUAAAUGCGUUUUCUUUUGUUUAUUGAUCGAAUGUGAUAGGAUUCAGUAGUCAACUGUGUUGCAAUUAUCCUCGAGCCAUAUGAUUUCAAUGUUUCAGCCUGUGCCUCACUUUUUGUUUAGUCAUGCCAAGAUAGUAGUUCCAAUUGUCGCUGCCGUAGUGACACCUGUUAUUUUUUCUGUUAGUGUCACGUGCAGAGAUCCGUCACUGCAAUAAGAACAAUUGUUAAACCCAGAAAA